AUGGCGUCGGUCCAGGCGGAGAAGACAGAAUUGAAGGAGCAGGGAAUGGUCGAGGCGGCCGUUGAUUUGACCCAGGAUCCCACCUCCAAAGUUAACCCAAACACCGUGGAAGAGGCGCUUGUAAAGGAGACUCAAGAAUCAGGAGUUCCUGCAUACCAAUUCGACCCCGAUGCUUCACCGGAAGACAAGGCUGCCGCGGCUCAAGCGCGCUUGCCUCCAGGUUUCCAUCAUGAGAAGAAACCAAAGGGAAUUGCCGUCAUCACGGAUAAGGAUGACGGGAAAGCGGAUUACGACCUUCCCCCACCACGAUCGGCCACCGCUCUUAUCGCCGAGGAUGCCAAUGCGCCCGAGGGGCAUAAAGGGGAUAUGAAUGAGGACAUGAGAUGGGCGCGCGAUCGCACUGGUUGGGAACCUAAAUUUCACGAAGAGCGGACCGCCGAGGAGGAAGCAGAGGGCACGUUGCUUGACCAUCAAACAUUUUUGGAGGGCCGAAUCUCGGAAAAUCUGUAUGGCGACUGGUACCACAAUGCUGGUGUAAUUGCCUUUGCGUGUCUGAGUUCAUGGAUUAUUGCUAUUUUCGGCGGUGGUGUAGGCUGGGUUCUGCUGGUGAUGGCGGCAUGCAGCACCUACUACCGUACUUCGCUCCGUCGCGUGCGCCGCAAUUUCCGUGACGAUAUUAACCGGGAAAUGGCAAAGGCUCGCUUGGAGACCGAUACUGAAAGUCUUGAGUGGAUCAACAGCUUCCUCGUCAAGUUCUGGCCUAUCUACGCGCCGGUUCUGUGCGACACCAUUAUCAGCACCGUGGACCAGGUGCUGAGCACUUCGACCCCCGCAUUCUUGGACAGCUUGCGCCUAAAGACCUUUGUCCUUGGUACUAAGCCCCCGCGUCUCGAGCAUGUCAAGACCUACCCCAAAACUGAGCCCGAUACCAUCAUCAUGGAUUGGAAAUUCAGCUUCACACCCAACGAUACCAUGGACUUGACUGCGCGCCAGCUCAAGAAUAAGAUUAAUCCUAAGAUUGUGCUGGAAGUUCGCGUGGGUAGGGGUCUUGUCAGCACGGGCCUCGAUGUGAUUGUUGAGGAUAUGGCUUGCUCGGGCUUGAUGCGCGUCAAGGUCAAGUUGCAAAUUCCUUUCCCGCACAUCGAGCGUGUGGAUGUUUGUUUCUUGAGCAAACCCGAGAUCGACUAUGUCUGCAAACCGCUUGGUGGUGACCUCCUUGGUUUCGAUAUCAACUUUAUUCCUGGUCUCGAGAACUUCAUUAAGGAGCAGAUCCACAAUAAUCUGGGACCCAUGAUGUAUGACCCGAAUGUGUUCCCGAUUGAAAUUGCUAAAAUGCUGGCUGGAAAUCCCGUGGAUCAGGCUAUUGGUGUUGUCGCUGUCACCCUCCAUGGGGCUAAUCAGCUCAAGAACCCCGAUAAGUUCGCUGGCACUCCCGAUCCCUACGCUGUUGUAUCCUUGAACGGUCGAACGGAACUGGGUCGCACCAAGACUGUUCACGAUACCGACAGUCCUCGCUGGAACGAAACUAUCUAUGUCAUUAUCACUUCUUACACCGACGCACUUGCUAUCAAGGUCUUUGAUUGGAAUGAGUUCCGCAAGGAUAAGGAACUUGGUGUUGCUUCAUUCGGAUUGGAUAAGCUCGAGGCAGAGCCUUUGCAAGAGGGUGUCACUCUGGAGGUCCUUUCUAGUGGCCGCCAUCGUGGUGCUAUCCAGGCAGACAUCCGCUUCUUCCCCGUCAUUCAAGGUAGAAAGCUGGAGAAUGGAGAGACCGAACCCGCUCCAGAGCUCAACACCGGUAUUGCGCAAUUCACUGUUGAACAGGCCAAGGAUCUUGAUGGUUCCAAGGGCUUGGUUGGCAAACUGAACCCCUACGGUAUUCUGUUGCUGAAUGGAAAGGAGAUUCACACUACCAAGAUUCUCAAGCGGACCAACAACCCUAUCUUCCAGGAUGCCGCCAAGGAAUUCUUGAUUACUGAUCGCAAAAACGCUAAGCUUGGUCUGAUUCUUAAGGAUCAUACUGACUUGAUGGCUGAUCCUAUCAUUGGCCGAUACCAAAUCAAGAUAAAUGACAUGAUUAAGAUGCAAGAGCAGGGCAAGCAAUGGUUCCAUCUCAAUGGAAGCAACGGUGGACGUGCCAAGUUGCUCCUGAACUGGAAGCCUGUUGCCCUGGGAAGUAUCGCUGGUGGUGCUGGCUACAUUGACCCUAUCGGUGUGAUGCGUUUCCACUUUAAGCGUGCCACUGACCUGCGCAACCUGGAGGCCAUGGGCAAGUCUGACCCAUACGCCCGUGUCCUGCUGUCCGGGUUAGCCAAGGGCCGUACUGUGACUUUCCGGAACAACCUGAACCCUGAGUGGGACGAAGUUGUGUAUGUCCCUAUUCGCAGUGCUCGUGAGAAACUCAGCGUGGAGGUUAUGGAUGAGGAGACCAUCAAUAAAGACCGUACUCUCGGCUGGACCGAGCUGAAUGCGUCCGACUUUGUUCAUGAAAAUGAGGCCGGCGAGUUUGAGAUCGAUGAUGAGAAGCAGCCUAUCUCCAGCAACCUCCAUAUUGGAUCUGGUCCCAACAAGGGUGUCAUCAAUUACACUGUUGCUUUCUUCCCAACUGUUCCUGUGGUGAACCCCGAGGACGAGGUCGAUGAAGAGGAAGGAGAGAAGGAGAAGGAGAAGGAGGGUGGCGCCGAGGUCCCCUCAACACCCCUGAAGAGCACUCACUCCAAAACUGCUAGCGUGGAUUCGAAGGCUUCUAAGGCUUCCAAGCCUCUAUCCAACGGAAAGGCCCCCAAUGGUACCUCAAAUGGGGAGCCGACCACAAAUGGUCGUGCCAGUCUUGAGACUAGUCUUUCUCGUACGCUUACCGGCCGCGACUCUGAGACUGCAUCUGUCAGGUCUAUGAAGGUGGUGCCAAAGACGUAUGUUGGAUCGGACGAUCUCAGCAAAUACGAGUCUGGGUUUAUCGUCUUCAAAUUCCAUGAAGGCCAGCUGGCUCACAGCAAUGUGCAGUUGGAGGUUCUGAUUGAUGAUUACAUGUUCCCCGCAUACACCUCUCCCAAGAUCCACUCAACUACUUUGAAGACCUCGGAUCUUGGCGAGGCCUUUAUCCGCGAGCUGGAAUUCUCCAAACUCACUCUGCGUCUCGUCAGUAAGGAUGACUCCAAAGAGAAUAACGAGGAACACACCGUCGCAAAACUGACCGGUGAUACUUUGCCAACUCUGCAACGAAUCCUGUAUACCCCCACUGAGCUUAUCCUCCGCUCCAACUCCGGCGAAGUAAGCAAGGUCACCGUGAGCGCUCGCUACAUUCCUGUACAGAUGAAGCUCGAUCCUCUGGAGAGCAUUAACAACAUGGGUAACUUGCGUGUUGAUGUUUUAGAUGCUGCGGAUCUGCCCUCGGCUGACCGAAACGGCUUCAGUGAUCCUUACUGCAAGUUCCGUAUCGGAGAGGACAACAAGGACGUCCAUAAGACCAAGGUGCAAAAGAAGACUCUUCAUCCAUCUUGGAAUGAGUUUUUCGAGAUCCCCAUCAAAUCUCGCAUUGGCGCCAACUUCCACGUCGAUGUGUACGACUGGGACUUUGGUGAUUCCGCCGAUUGGCUGGGUGCUUCGCCGAUUGACCUUGAAGGAUUAGAACCCUUCCAGGCCCAAGAGGUUACUCUCCCUCUGAACGGCAAGUCGGGUGUUAUCCGCCUGAAGUUGCUCUUCAAGCCCAACUACGUAACUCGAUCUCGGCAGGGCUCUGCCACCUUUUCAGGCACUUUUGCAAUGCCCGGCAAGGUUAUUGGCGCCCCCGUCAAGGGUGUUGGAUACGUUGGUGGCAAUGUGGUCCGGGGUGCUUCAUUUGUUAAGCACGGCUUCAUGUCCCGCAUCCACAAGCCCAAGCACAGUGAUGCUGAUGCUGUUUCUCUGGCAGAAAGCGCCAAUGAAAAUGGCAACAACGGCUCCCCCUCGGCCGGCCUAUCUCCCUCUGCCGCUCUGGUAGAUAGUAAUCCCGGAUCUGUCACUCCGACUAAGGAGCACAGUCGCAACCGCAGCACUGCAUCUCAGUUUGGCGACAACCUGAGCGUGAUUGGAGGCGCUGGUCGUGGCGACAGUGGCACCGCGCACAUCACCAUUGUCUCGGCAUCGAACUUCCCUGCUUCCGCACACCUACGUGUGAUUGUACGCGCACAGGGCUCCAAGGGCAUGAAGGAACUCCACAAGACCAAGGCUCAGAAGGCCAGUGGUGAUAUUGUGACUUACGAUGAUACUUUCAAGGUUCCCCACGCUACUGCCGAUGCGAUGUACCAAGUCCGCGUUGUCAACCACUCAACCUUUGGCUCCGACGAUAUCUACGGCGAAGCCUCCUUCCCCGUUGCUGAUCAGGGCUCUGACUCCAACCAAGAUAAGCCCAUCAGUGUCGGUCCUGGCUCUGUGGUUAUUCGCUCUAGCUUCACUUCAUCAGAGUCCAGCUUGCGCCCUACUACUUCGCAUUCCACUGCGGGCCCUGACGCGGAUGGAUCCGAAAGCCCAGAUUCCCGCAAGCCAGCUCGCCGCAGCUUCCUCGGCAAGCGAAAUGUUAGCGGUGUUUAA